AUGAGUGUUCCGGUCUCCUUCUGUCAGCCAGGCGAUUCGGGAUUUCUGCUUUCAGUAAAUCUCCUCCUGAAGAUAAGCAUGUUUCAGAGAGGUUUUCAAGAUUUUCAGUUUGAUGGAGAACCUGUACAUGGGGGUGGCCACAAUCUCAGUCUGCCAACUGCUAGCAACCACUGCUGUGGAAGCAAUCAGAUUAGCGAUGUCUCUGGUAAGAGUAAUCGUCUGCUUCAGAUUGUACUACCCAUAAUUGCUACUGCCGUGGUUGUUUUGGGAAUGUUUGGCUAUUUUUUAUGGAGGAGACUCCAGAAACAAGGGAGGAGAAAUACAAAUGCUGCAGCACUUCAUCAAAGAGCUAAUUACUUUGGGACGGAGUUUAGGAGCAAUGAUACACUUCUAAGCAGGAACUAUAGCUCAGAGGUACCACUAUUCAGCUUCGGUAGCAUUAUAGCCGCUACAGAUUACUUCUCUUCGGCAAAUAAGCUUGGGGAAGGUGGGUUUGGUCAUGUUUACAAGGGAAAGUUGCAAGGAGGUCAAGAAAUAGCAGUAAAAGCACUAUCUAAGAAUUCUGAGCAAGGCCUCGGAGAGUUCAGGAACGAAGUUGAACUUAUUGCAAAACUCUAACAUAAAAAUCUGGUUAAGCUGCUGGGUUGGUGCAUUCAUGCAGAAGAAAAGAUGCUGGUCUACGUAUACAUGCCCAACAAAAGCCUGGAUAAACUUCUCUUUGGUUUACACCUAUUACUCCCUGUGAUAGAAGAAAAUCACAAAUUUACUUGAUUUGUUAAGCAAUGCUAUAGUUGCAAAUAUCAAUUUAUAUCGUCCUUUUCUUUUGUCUCUUUAUUAUUAUUAUUAUUCUUAUUCUUUGGUCAAAUUCUCUAACAAAGAAUAUUCAUCAGAUCCAACCCAAAAUUCACAACUAGAUUGGGGGGAAACGCUUUUGCAUUGUGGAAGGGAUUGACCAGGGGCUUCUUUAUCUUCACAAGUAUUCAAGGUUAAAAAUCAUUCAUCGAGAUCUAAAAGCCAGCAAUAUUCUACUGGAUGGUGAAAUGAACCCCAAAAUAUCAGACUUUGGUUUGGCUAGAAUUUUUGGAGGAAACCAAAUUGAAGCGAGUACUAACAAAAUCAUGGGAACAU